UUGAUCAUUUCCAACAGCGAAAUUGACGGCGUGGUCCUCCAUUUGACCAAGGUCAACUACCUCUCAUUCCUAUGCCCUGCGAUAUUGACCAAAAUCUCGUAUCGCUAGAGAUUUUGGAGAGGAAGGGUCGGACAGGUGGACAGAUAUGGAGAUCGCACCAAAGUGGAUUUCAGAAUCUGAGCGUAGCUUAAAAUAAAAGUAGAUUUCAGAUUUCUUAGUGAGAGAAAGAUUUGAGACAGGGACUCGUUUUAGAGAGAGCAACACACAAUCGACAGAGACAGAUAGGCCUACGCCGUAUAAAAGCUAAACCACAGAAUCACGGAACCCUGUUUUCAUUCUUCUUCUUCAACACUUUUAUCUUUUUUUUUCUUUUUUUUUUGAGUUGAUUUUGGAUAUGGAGAUAAGCGGUGUUCUUUCUCGGCGAAACAUGCCGGACGAGAUCGGUGGUUUCGAUCUUUCACCUGGCCACUCUGAAGAAGAGGCUCAUGUUCUCGCUGUUGAUGAUAGUCUAGUUGACCGAAAGGUCAUUGAACGACUGCUCAAAAUUUCUUCUUGUAAAGUGACGGCGGUGGACAGCGGAAGGAGAGCUCUGCAAUUUCUUGGUUUAGAUGAGGAGAAGAACUCAGCUGGUCUUGAUGGUUUGAAAGUGGAUCUAAUCAUCACUGAUUACUGUAUGCCUGGAAUGACUGGAUAUGAAUUGCUCAAGAAGAUCAAGGAAUCGUCCACUUUCCGGGAAACUCCGGUGGUAAUCAUGUCAUCAGAAAACAUCCUAACGCGAAUAGACAGAUGUUUGGAGGAAGGUGCAGAGGAUUUCAUAGUAAAGCCCGUAAAAUUGUCGGACGUGAAGCGGCUGAAAGAUUACAUGACCAGAGAAGACAGAGAUGGCAAUGAGGGCAGAGGCAUCAAUAAAAGAAAGCUGGGAGAGGCAUGCGAUGUCUCUCCAUCCUUAUCAUCAUCACCACCGUCCAUAUCUUCAUCAUGCUCAUCAUGGUCAGCGCCAUCUUCUCCCACGUCGUUAGACUCUCCCACUAGACGGCUCAAAACCUCCACAUGUGAUUAGAUCAUUCCAUUCUCCAUUCCCCCCACCCGGGAAAAAAAGCCUGCAAUCCCUGUAAUCCCUGCAAUUACCCGCUGCCUUUUAACGGUUUUUGUUGCAUUGUUAUUUUUUGGUUUUUUUUUUUUUUUUUCUUAAUGACUGAGAGCUACCAAUUUAUAAUACUGAUUCACUUGUUAAAACGGAUCCUAUCCCUCAAUCCUAAAUUGGACGGCAUCUGUUGUAGUUGAAUGGAAUAACGGUGCAGUGGUUUAAUUUUGGGGAUUUGUGGGUGCCGUUGAAUUGAAUCAAUAGAUAUGGUUUGGUGAAGGGAGGGUGGUGCGGGUGAGUUUGUGUGCUAAAAAAAAUAUUGGAGGAUAUGAAAGUGGAUAUGUUAGAGAUGUUCCCUAA